AUGAAUAGAACACACUAUAGAUUAAAAAUCAUGCGCCGCAGUCAUGUUGGCAUUUUAUCAUCUACUCUAAAGAAAGAGCCGCUUCCAGAAUGUCCAUCAUUAGAAAAAGGGGAUACAUACACGCAAUCUGAGUUCCUUUCGCGUCUGGCACACGAGUGCCGGUACGACAGGCUUCUCCUACCUACAUACCAGACUGGAGAAGUUGUGUUUGUCCACGCCAGCGCCUACGUUUAUUUCAUACAACCGGCUGAAGCACACGAUUUGAAUUUCAAAUUGCACUUCCUUCUGCAACUUCGUUGGACUGAUCGACGGUUGGCGUACUCUCUCUAUUCUCCAGAACGAACGAAAAUAAUUGGAGAAAGUGAUCUCAGAUCCCGUGUUUGGAUUCCGCACUUGUACAUGUCUAACGAACAAUCGUCCAGUUUGAUGGGAACUGAUACUAAAGACGUGCUCAUCUCAAUAGCACCAGAUGGUGAAGUGCUCUUCAGUCGUCGAAUGCAAGCUGUCCUAUACUGUUGGAUGAAUUUGCAAAAAUUCCCAUUCGAUGUUCAAAAAUGUUCGAUGAAUUUGGAAAGCUGGAAAUACAACGCGUCAAUUUUACGCUUGAUGUGGGAGAAAGAUAAUUCCGUUCGACUAUCUUCAGAGCUGCAUUUAACAGAAUACUCUCUGCUCGACUAUUGGACAAAUGAGUCGGUUGUUCGAGGAGAUAUCGUCAACAUGAGACUGGGUGGAGGUAGAUCGGGAAAUUACAGCGCUUUGAAGUUUACAUUUAAAUUGGGCCGAGAAGUAGGUUACUAUUUGAUGGAUUACUUUAUCCCUUCAAUGAUGAUUGUUGCCAUGUCAUGGGUCACCUUCUGGUUGCAAGCUGAUGCUUCAGCACCUAGGAUAACAUUGGGCACAAGUACCAUGUUGUCGUUUAUCACUCUCGCAUCAUCACAAGCAAAAACUCUUCCAAAAGUCUCCUACAUCAAAGCAAGUGAAAUCUGGUUCUUAGGAUGUAUUGGCUUCAUUUUCUCGGCCCUUGUGGAAUUCGCUUUUGUCAACACUAUCUGGCGCAGAAAAAAAGUGGUGAAUUUGAAGAAAGUGAACAGUAAAUAUAUACUGAAAAGUACAUUGACCCCUCGCCUGGCGCGUAAAGAGCUUCAGAAAGAGCUACAGUGUUCCCCUCAGCUCAGCAAGUCCCGAUCCUGUUCUUCUCUUAACCAGGAGACCAGUUCUGACCCCGCAGGACCAGGAUAUAACAAUUAUCUUACUGUUCAUAGCUUCCCAUCUGCUCUGAACUUACCAACGAUAACUACGCAAAGCUACGACGAGCUCGUCCAAAGGUCUGGCGGACGUCAUAACUCCAGUGAGGGAUCAGAUGAACCCCCAAAACAUCACACAUGGACUCAAAUGACUCCACAAGAAAUCGCAACUUGGAUCGAUAAACGCUCGAGAGUGUUAUUCCCUUUACUCUUCAUAUUCUUUAAUAUUAUCUACUGGACAUUUGUGUACUGUUUGUGA